AUGGCGAGGGAGCGGGCGGCCCCGUGGGCGGCGGCGGCCGUGGGGCUGGCCCUGCUCUGCCACCUCGGGGCGGCUGCCAGCCCGACCGGCCGGCCGCACCCCCACCACGGCUGGCGUUACGAAGUUGAGCCGGGCCCCUCACGGGUGGAGGAUGAAGUAGACGUGCUCACGGACGGUCGCAGGUGGAAACGGCAGCUGGAGCCGCCCAAAUCCCUCGACACCAAUCGGGCCGGCGUGGGGCAGGACACCUCCGAGCCCAGGGCCUUUCCGGACCUGAUCCUCGAAGAUGGACAGGACAACAGCACGCAAAUUGAGGAGGACACAGAUCACAAUUACUACGUUUCCAGAACAUACGGUCCAUUUGAUUCUGCGAGCCGAGAUCUGUGGGUGAACAUAGACCAGAUGGAAAAAGAUAGAGUCAAGAUCCACGGGAUCCUGUCCAACACUCAUCGGCAAGCUGCGAGAGUGAAUCUGUCCUUCGAUUUUCCAUUCUAUGGCCAUUUCCUACACGAAAUCACUGUGGCAACCGGGGGUUUCAUAUAUACUGGAGAAGUGGUUCAUCGGAUGCUGACGGCCACACAGUACAUAGCUCCCCUGAUGGCCAAUUUUGACCCUAGCGUGUCAAGGAAUUCAACCGUCAGAUAUUUUGAUAACGGGACAGCACUGGUGGUGCAGUGGGAUCACGUCCAUCUCCAGGAUAAUUACAACCUGGGCAGCUUCACAUUCCAAGCGACCCUCCUCAGUGACGGCAGGAUCAUUUUCGGAUAUAAAGAAAUUCCUGUCUCGGUGUCGGCGAUAAGUUCGACCAACCAUCCAGUGAAGGUGGGCCUGUCUGAUGCCUUCGUGGUGGUCCACAGAAUCCAACAAAUUCCCAAUGUACGGAGAAGAACAAUUUAUGAAUACCAUCGAGUAGAGCUACAGAUGUCAAAGAUUACCAACAUUUCAGCUGUGGAAAUGACACCGCUACCUACUUGUCUACAGUUUAACAGCUGUGGCCCAUGUGUGACUUCCCAGAUCGGGUUUAACUGCAGCUGGUGCAAUAAGCUUCAAAGAUGUUCCAGCGGGUUCGAUCGCCACAGGCAAGACUGGGUGGACAGUGGCUGCCCUGAAGAGUCAAAAGAGAAGAUAUGUGAGAAGACUGUGGAGACAAUUGAAACUUCUCCUCACACCACUACCACAGUCACACAAGCAACUACCACACAAUUCAGAGCUUUAACCACCACACAAGAAAGGAGUUCAUCCCAGCUGCCUACCAGCCUGCCAACUGAAGACGACACCAAGAUCGCACUGCACCUCAAAGAUAAUGGAGCCUCUACAGAUGACAGCGCUGCAGAGCGGAAAAACAGAAGUCUCCACGCAGGCCUAAUUGUGGGCAUUUUAAUCCUGGUCCUUGUCAUCGCUGCUGCUGUGCUGGUGACAGUCUACAUGUACCACCAUCCCACCUCAGCUGCCAGUAUCUUCUUCAUCGAGAGACGUCCAAGCAGAUGGCCCACUAUGAAGUUUCGAAGAAGUUCUGGACACCCCGCUUACGCCGAGGUAGAGCCCGUCGGGGAAAAAGAAGGUUUUAUUGUUUCCGAGCAGUGCUAAGGAGUCUAGGACCGUGGACCCAGUACAGGCCUACAGGUGUGAAACUUCUACUUUGCCUAUAUCUUUCAAGGAAAGGAGCCCUUCGCUGCUGUAGUCAGAAUGAGAGAUUUCUGGAUCCAUCUCGACCGAGAAGGAACAAUCAAACCUUUCUGAGAUGCCGGAUUCUCACUCGAAAGUAGUUUUUCCUGGUGGGAUGGUAGAUGGUCGUUCAUUCACAACAGCCCCGUGGACUUAGGGGAACUCUGACACGACUAUCUUGCUGUUGGCUUAAGCUUGGGAUUGGCUUAGGAAGCAAGAGGAAGGAGAAUAAAGCUUUAGUUCCCAAGGGUUCUCACCCCCAUGGUUCAAACAUUUUUUUUCGGGUGUCUCAAAGAUGAACUGUUACAACUCUGUAACCUUUUCCCGACAAAGAAUGAUGAUGGGUAUCAUCCAGGUUGCUGAAAUGGUAGAAAUACACACACACACACACACACACACACACCCAAAUAACCAAAUUGUUUUCCAUCAUUUCGGAAGUGAGAGCCGGUGGGAGGGAGGGGGAUUUUUCAGGUCCAGAUUCACCUGUUCCCAACAAGUUCAUUACCUUUUCUUGUGAACCAUUUUUCUGUGAACACCUUCCCCUGCUUUGGAGUUAAUCCCCUCUUUGGGGGAGGGGUGGGAAGGGUGGCAGUGGAGGGUUCCUGGGUUUUUCUAAUGGGAUCGGGGGAAUUCUAAGUUUCUGCAGGCUGCCCCAAAAAUGCCAGAUUCUGAUCUGUUUGGAGAGAUGGGAUCGGUUCUCCUAAGCACAGUCUCAUGGUCAACAAAAGGUACUCUGGAGACAAAAGCAACGUGGAGUGUUUCUGAAUGUUUUGGAAGGGAGAACUUUGAGAGAUUUCAAACAAGUGGCUGUUUGCUAGUUCACCAGGUUAGUACUGAUUGCUCAGUUCUUCCAGAGAAACCAAUAGAGAUCCACCCCCCAAACCCCAGACAUAAAAAGAUGGAAAAUCUUUAUCAACCCUGCUGAACCAUACAGUAAUUUUGUUUAAAGCACAUAGUAGUUGCAUAAAUAAAUAUAUAUAUAUAUAUAUAUAAAAGUAUAUUUUUUUUUAUAGCUAACACAAGGCAGGCUCUUGUGACUGUUAAGACUGCUAUUUGUCACCUGGACAAAGGAAAUGGAUUGCAUUACUGCAUACUUCCAUUGAGUUGUAAAAUAAUCCUUAAUAUUAGAAUAUAUUUUAUGUUGCUGGGAGAGAGUGGUUGAUUCAGAUGCAGGACUCUACAUCGUCCUGAUGAAUUAAGUCACUAUCCACUAGCCAAUCUCCACCUUCUCCCAACCAGACAAGGUAAAGAUGGUGUCAAACGCUCCUAGAUUUAAAACCGUGGCAGGACUGUUUCACUUUGGACAUAGUCCUACUGUGUCCUCUCCCUGAAUCUUCCUCUCUCCCAUGACAAUGUCCAGCAGAAAAGAAAGAAAUAACAGUUCUUGAGGAGGAGAGGAGUUAAUAUACAUGGAGCUACUGAAGUUGGAAUUCAGGUACUAUGUGUAGCAUGUCCUUGACAAUUUAACCCUCAAAUUCUUUAUCAACUGUACAGCGAAGCCCUUGAUUCCACAAUUAAGGUACAGACAGUGUCUCAUGGUGGCAGAUUCAGUUCUUUAAUGGACUGGACCUUCUUGACAGGUUAGAUUGUUGUUUAGACCUGUGUGAGUUUAGUGACUUUCUCCAGUAAGGCAUCGAGUACGGGUGCUUUAGGAACGUUCCUGAAGAAAGCCUUUUGCGCUCUCAAGUUAGCCAAGAUGAGGUUUAACCUUGCCCCGGCCCAGGUAGGAAUGUAAAGAAAGGUGACACGAAAAUCCCAAGUCCAGGGUGGGAGAAAGAUCACCCAACCUCCCUGGUGGAGAAGGUCUAAUUAGAGAGCAAUAACUCAAUGGCUAAUGCAACUGAAUUUUGAAAAAAGGAGAAGCUGACCAUUGAGACGGCCUUCAUUGGGGCACAAGAUGCUGUAUUUCCAGUAGAUCGGGUGGUCGACUCACGUCUUCCUCCAACAGUAGAUGGGCUAACCUGAUUAUUACAUCACGCUAUAAGCAGACUUCAAGGCCUGAUGUCCACCUUAGAAACAAAAUUGGACCAGAAAUUAUCUUCCAUACCUUACACAAGAAUUCAGAAGAUGUUGUGAGUUGGCCAAGGAUGAAAGAGUCUCCCAAGAGCAGUAAGCUAGUGGCAGAUUUUCUUGGGGAAGACAAAUGUGGCAGUGAAUGGUCCUGCAGUGUCAGAAAGGAUGGGGGAGGCAUUAGAAAGUGGCUGAAAUCUUUCCUAUUCCACAUAUUCCUUUCCAGGGAUCCUCCAUCUUCUCUUUCCGUGCUUGAAGCACACCACAUAGGAAAGGGAGGACUUCUAGAGAGUUUGCACAAACAACAGCAAAUAAACUUGACUUACUCUGUUCCAAGAGUGGGUGGCAGUGUAGGGAUAUGGCCAGGAGAGAGAGUGAGAAUAAUUACCCAUACACCUAGGAGCGGAAAGGGAGGAAAGAGAUCAAAAAUGGAGAGGACAGAGGAAGAGGAAAAAGAGCCAUGGAGAAAAGUUAAGAAUGCAUGUUUGUAAAACAAGUCAAGGACGAGGGCAUUUCAGACAUCAGAACAGACUCUGUAAGGGAGAGAAAGGUAGUCUAAGGCAUUGAGAGGCAGCAUCCCUGCCCUCGUGAGUGGGUACCUGGAGAAAUUCAGGACAGCAGAUCUGAUGGAGGACCCGUCCUGUCCCCAUGCACCCAAACCACCUUAGGACAGAUGUGAGAUCGUGUCAUCUCACUAGAAAGAAUCAAGGGCAUCAGUCAGCCUCCUUGUGCUGGUCAACUUCUCCAAUUUGCCAUUUGUGGUUAACUGUAACUGAAAGGAAGCUUUGGAAAUAUUCAGGUUGACCAAUAUCUUUGUUUAGGAGAAUCUUUCCUUUCCUGUCCUGUCCCCUCACCUAACUGAGACAAAGAGCCUUCUAGACACCAGCAAUUUGGAUAGGCCUCCACUGGCACCCUCCAGAAGCACAAGAUAAGUCUACUAAGUAGCUUGUUGUGGUCCUACCAUUUUCUUUGGCUCCUCCCUCGUUCUGCUUUAACUAAUCCAUGAACCACUAUUACUAUUAUGAUUAUUACGAUUAGUUUUCAACCAUCGGGAAAACACUGAGGGUCACUUGAGCUAAUGUUGAGAUGUCCUGGCCAUGGGACACUAUGGCAACACAGAAAUCUCUAGAGAUAACCUAAUCUAUCCCCAUUGUCUCCAAGGGAAGAGUUUCUCCAAAUAGUCCAGAGGUGAGCUGCUCAACGAUCUGUAAUGAAAGAGGAGUAGAUCGCCUCUGCUACCAGUCAGGAAUCCUCAGGGUAAGAGUAAGGGCCCUUACGAAUGGGUGAAAGUGUCUUUGGUGCAUUAGCUGGAUAAUGUAGCCCUCUCUUGCUUUUUGACUGCCAUUUGGGCUUUCAUCAGUUUUCACAAAUGAUAGCCUUAUUGGGUAUAUUUUUCCUCUGGGCUGUCCCCAAGUCUCCAAGUCUCUGCCUCCAUUAGCACAGAAAAACAAGAGUGGGUGGUAAGCAUUCGCAGCUAACAUACCAAUGCACACUCCCUCCCGGAUUGCCGGCCAACACAUUAAUUAUAAGCACCAAAGUUAUUUUUGUACCUGGUGGAAAAAGCUUGAUUCAUUUGCUUUUUGACUAUAAAAAUAAAUAUCAUCCCAGCAGUGUCCAUAUGGGCAGAUUCUGUCUUUUGGCCACAGUAAGGUUGAGGAAUUAAGUCAUUUUCCCCCUAGCUUCUACUGUUCAAGGUGAAACCAAGUAGUCAAAAUUGAUUUUGACCCAAAUGACUCUUUCCCUGACUCUUUCAGUUCUGCUAGCUGAAUUGCCUUAGGUGACCCUCAAUGGACAGUCAAUACUCACUUUAAAGCACUGGAUUUAACAUUUUUCCUUCCCUUUCCUUAGCAUCAGUGGGCUUCCAAAUGUAGAUGGGUUUCCAAAUUGGUUGUAGGGGGUCCAAAUUAAAGCCAUUCUGCCAUGGGUCCAACCUGUAGGUCCAGAGUCAGGGGUUGAAUUGAUGUGGGGAAAAACAAGCAAAAAGGAAUUGUCUUGGACCACAUAACUCCACCUGGUCCUGUGUUUCCUCCUGAAGUGCCGGAACAUCUCUUGUUUCUUUUUGCUGUAGUGAAAGUGGAAAUGCACACAGAGAAUGGGACAAUUCAAAAAAAAAACUGCCAAAGUGGGGCUGUGUUCUUUAGAAGAGGCUACAAAUGAAUGUGGGGACAAAGACUGGACGAUAAGGAGAAGAUGGAAGAUGAAUAGGCCCCCAGAGAGUAGGGGAGCCGGCCGUGGCUUUUGAGACAGGGAGGUAUGCCCCUAACGGGGACAGACCUACCCAAGUCUUGAUGAGGCCAGCCCUAACCCCUAAUCUUGGACCAUUCUGGCUACACCCAAGAGGGAUGACUAAAUUAUCUCCAGAACUUACUCCUUGGAAUAGGCAAGGAAGGCACAUUCCCCUCUCUCCCUCCCCAGAGGAUCUGAACAGAAAAGAGUGAACCAGAAAUCCAAGCCCACACAGCUGGUGGCAACUGCCAUAGAUCUGGGGUCUUGACCUACUAGUCUUUUUUUUUUCCACAAAUGACUCUUUUCCUGAGGACUUACACAGUUCUGCUAGCUGAACUGCCUUAGGUGACCCUCACUUGACAGUCAAUACUCACUCAAGUGCUCGAUUCAACAUUUUUCCUUCUCUUUCCUUAGCAUCGGUGGGCUUCCAAACCUAGGGUGGUUUCCAAAUUGCUUGAAGUAGAUACACAGAACUAAAGAAGUUCUGGAAAAUUCACAGGCAUGAGUGUUUACAGGCCUAAGCCUAAAUGCCUCUCAGGUACCCUCGAACCAGCUAUUCUGAAACUGAUAUGUGGCUUGAAAGGGAUUCGGAUCUCUUUAGGAUGUCUGAUCGAGAGACACACUGAUGUGUUGUAAGCGAUGGCUUCCAUCAUCCAAGUCUAAGGGAGAAUUGGCUGGCUCCUAAAAGCAAAUAUCGCAUUCUGUGGCUGGGCCUGUAAAAAUCAUGAUUUGGAAGGCAAUGGAGGCCUCUGAUCAAUCCCAGAUGGCAGCUGGGAAUCAGGGGAGAAUGACAACUGGGAAUUUCUGACUAUUUCUGGGAAAUCUUACCAUCCAGGAGGCUUAGCAGAGAGGUCCCGUUAGCUGAAUGAGAUCUGGCUUUGAAAUUGAAUCUUGUGAAGUCCAGAAGUCCAGAGCCUCAGGGUGUCCACUGCACUGGAGUUUCUGAGAAGGGAUCACGGUAUGGUUCGACGAAAUCAUGUGGCUUUCUUCUGAGUUGGGAGAGUUUGACAGGAGACCUGGUUUGCCAAAAAGGGUGAAAAAUCAUGGAACAAACCAAAAGACAGAGCACUUGUAGAGGAACUGUGUGUACACUUUGCAAAGAUGCACUGUGCCUCCUCCCAAGGAUCUGGUUUCUAGUGUUUCAGGGACACCUUCCCUGCUAACCCUGGCGGAAAGAGCAGAGUGGAUUUCCCCCAAAUCUGAGGCUCCUCUCUCUCUCUCUUUCUCCCCACAACGUUCCUGCCAUCCCAACAGCAACCUUCCAUUCUGUGUUACGUUCUCUUCUAGAAUCCGAACGGUCACUGUUUCCUUGAAUUACCUGAGCCUGCAGAUGUAAAAGCCAUUGUGUCUGUCUGAAUUUGCACUAAUGAGGUUUCAGAGCAAAGGCAGUGUGACCUACAUGGGAAACCUCUAUUGAAACCCAAUAAUGCGGAUGCUACAUAUUUCUGCCAACUUCCUGGUUAUUAUUUUACUGUAAGGGUUAAACUAUCAUUACACCUGAAUGUAUUUCAAUACCGAAUUUUAUUUGCCAUCUAUUUUUUUUCUCCUGGGGUUUGCUCUAUUGUUGCAAUAAUUCAUGAUUUUUGUUUUCUGAUGUGGCUUCUUACACUGACUUUCUUAGUAAGUUCUUUAGGUCCUGCUCUCGAAACAUGAGGCCCAGUUCCUCAGUAGCCAGGGUGUAAAGAAGCCAGUCUCUGGACUACUGGACUAAGUCUGUUCACCCUAGAUGUCCCAGAAGGUGGGAAUGAUCAAUUACUUGUGUUCUUGCUGUUGAUUUUCAGAUUUCAUUCAUUUCACUUACGUUUGAAAGUCAGUAAAUUUGGGGUUUUAGGAGGGGAAAAGGGAGACGUUUAUGUAUUACUGCUGUUAUGUUUGACUACAUAUUAAACAAUAAAAGAGGUUUUUUGGGUUUUAAUUUCUU